CCAUAGCAUAGAUGUAAGCUGCUCGAGUGUCUGUCUAGCCGGUGAUCCGCACUUCUGACUCAUCAAACAGUUACACCUUUAACCAUCUGAAAUUGUAAUACGCAAUAAAGUCUGUAGCGGUCAGCGUUUCAAUCAGCGCACAGGAUGGCAGGUGGAAGAUUUGAUUUGGUCAUAUUUGGUGCCACGGGAUUUACAGGGCAGUUUGUUGUGGAUGAGGUGGCCCGAGUAGCAGACGAAGAAGGUGGGCUGAAGUUUGCAGUAGCUGGACGCUCUAUGCAGAAACUGCAGAAAGUGCUGCAAGAAUCGUCUCAGAGAACAGGCAAGUCACUUGAGGAGACCCCAGUGAUCAUUGCAGACAUAUCCAAUGAUGAGUCAAUUGCUGAAAUGUGCAAACAAGCGAAAGUUGUUUUGAACUGUGUUGGACCAUAUCGUUUCUACGGAGAGCAAUUGGUCAAGGCGUGCAUUGAAAAUGGGGCUCAUCAUAUUGACAUCAGCGGUGAACCUCAGUACCUGGAACGCAUGCUCCUCCUGUACAGUGGAAAGGCACGAGAGGCUGGUGUGUACAUUGUUGGGGCUUGUGGCUUCGACAGCGUACCCAGCGACAUGGGGGUCGCAUAUACCAUGGACAAAUUCAAAGGUGAUCUGAAUUCUGUGGAGUUCUUCAUCACUUUAGGUGCAGGAUCAGAGGGUAUUGGAGGCAAUGUUACCACCCUGGAGUCAGCUCUACAUGGAUUUGCCCACUCUGCGGAGCUUAAACCUCUCCGCCAGACAUUGUUUCCCAACCAGUUGCCAAGAAGUAAAUACAAGUUGAACACAAAGUCAGUGGGUUACAAUUCAGAUGUCAACAAGUGGUGUCUGAUAUUUCCAGGCAGUGAUAGAGCUAUUGUCAACCGAAGUGUCCGCUACAAUUACGAGGUGAACCUUCAGAGACCGUUCCAAGUGGCAGCCUACGCGACACUGCCCAGCUUCCUCUACCUGGUGCUGGUCAUGGUGUUUGGAUUUAUUGUAGGUCUCAUGGCAAAGUUCAGCUUUGGAAGGAGCCUCAUUUUGAAGUAUCCGGAGAUAUUUACUUGUGGAACGUUCAAAAAAGGUGGUCCUUCAAAAAAACAGAUGGAGACCUCAAGUUUCAGCAUCACCUUCCUAGCCAAGGGCUGGAAGGAAGCCCUCCCUGACGCAGAGACCCAGCACACCACACCCCCGGACAGCCGCAUCAUAACUAGGGUGUCCGGCCCAGAGGCGGGCUAUGUGGCCACGCCCAUCUGCAUGGUCCAAUGUGCCUUGGUGCUCCUCAAGGAGAUCACGGAGGAGAAAUUUAAGGGAGGUGUGUACACAACGGCCGCAAUUUUCCACGGGUCCAGCCUUAUCGACCGACUGCACAAGAACAACAUCAAGUUUGAAGUGGUGACCGAGCAGUCUGCUCUGUGAACAGGGAAUGUGGACAACGUCUGACAGCUUGCAAGCCAUGCUGAUUUACGGAUGUUUUCUGGACGAAUUAUUCAUUUAUUUUGGGAUGGUUUUAGUAACUGCUCUGGGUGCUGAAUUGGGAUUAUGUUGCACACACGCACAUCAUUUCAUUUCUACAGACAAUAAUGCAUGUGUUUAUACCAGCAACAUGAAAAAAAUAAUUUCUCUUAGAUCCAAGUUUUUUCCCUUUUUUGAAGACCAAUAAAAUUGUCUGUAUCAUGCUAUAAUUUAUUUGAAUAAAAUAACACAAUUCAAAAAGUAGUUACAAAUAUGAUUUUUUAACGUUCAGAAAAUACUCCCAAACCAGUAGCAAAGUCAUAAUAUUAAAAUGGCUUCGAAAAUGAGCUUUACACUGAUAAGCAUAAAUACUUGACCAAUAAGAAAGAGUGAAUACAAAUUAAACUCUUCCACAGAACAAUGUUGCUAUGUUUCGAAUGUAAAUCUAGGGGCAUUACAACAAAUUGUAUUUGUUUGCUUUGCAGAGAAGGACUAGGCUUGUCUUCGCACUUGCUUAAAAAUGCUAUAUGUAAUUUGUAUUUUAUUUUAAUUAAUGUAUUUUAAAACAGUUAUUGACUAACAUGGUGUGUGCUUGUUAAACUAAUAUGAAGGCAAUUAAAAUGACCAGUAUUUAGUUUCUUCAUUAUUUCACCAGAUGUUAUUUGUAUGAUUUAUUUCUUCAAUUGUAAUGAAAAUUAUGGUGAAAUAAUUAUUGCACAAGAAAUAUGACAUAAGGCAGACCAUUAUUUUGGUUCUGCACAUGGGUAUGUGAGCAUUACUACCGUUAGUUAUAUUGCAUCUACAUGAAGCCUCAGUAUUAUCUAAAACUAGAAAUGCACAUAUCAUGCGAAAAUGGGUGUUAUGCCAUAUGUGGUCAGGGUAGCACCUGACCAGCCUGUGAUGGCUACAUGUAGCAGAAGACCCAUUUUUCCAAGAUGAGGUUCAAAUCAUUUAUUUAUUUUAUUGUUACAAAAAUUUGAUGAAAUAAUUACCAAAGUAUCAAACAUGCUGUAAUGUUGUAUAUGCUGAGUUUUCUUUAUUUAUGUUUUCAAGUUUGUGCUAUUUGUUGGGGUAUAUUAUUUGUUACAUGCUUUUUUUACAAUUAUAUACUUUUUUAUUAGUUUUAUAUUGGGUCCAUUAGCAUGUUUGUAUUAAUUAAAUAUAUUUUUUACUUUGAAUAUGUAAUUAAAUACUGCAAUUCUGAACUAAUAGCAUGUAAACAUGGCAUAAUAAUAUUUUACUAUUUUUUUAAGCAAUCAUCUUUUGCAGAAAGACUUAUGACCAUUUUAUAAUGUGAUAACUAAUCAAGAAAACAUCUAACUCCAAACUAGUUGCUACUUAACGCUGGCAAAUAUACAUGUUUAUACUGCUUAAUAAAAUAUUUAUCUUUA